AUGUUUUCGCCAAAUGAAACUUGUCAUCAAGGUUUUAUAGGCUUUGAUAUUUUUCUAGAUCUUUUGAAAAUCUCAUCAGUUUUAUCAAAUUCAAUUUAUAUCAUUGGAAUUCUCGCACUGAAAUUGAAAUGUCCCGAAACAUUUCGAAAAUAUCAAACAUUAUUGCUCAUUCAUACAAUUUCAAAUAUGUUCUUCGAAAAUUAUCUAACAAUAAUCUGGAAAUUUAUGCUAACUCCACCUUGGAUGAGUUUAUGUGGAUUUGGUUUAAUGUUUAAUUAUCCAGCUAUGUCUGUUGGUUUCUUUCUGGUAUUUCUUUUAUCAAAUGCACAAACAAUUAUAGUUUUACUAGAAUAUCGAAUGAAAUCUGUAGCUUCUUUUAUUCCACAAAAAACAUUGAAGAUUUCUAAAGCUCUGAACUAUUUUUAUAGUUUGACUCAACUUUUGGUGUUUUUCAGUUUUAUUUAUUCGUAUGAGGAUUUUGAAGACCAACGGGAUUAUAAACUGAAAAUUGAUAAGGUAAUUGAUUUUCAGCGAGGCUUUGUAAUUCACAUACUAUGAAAAAGUUACAAGGGAAAUUUGAAAAUGUGAUUUUUGUGUUCUGAAUUCCUUUGUUUACACAAGUCUACUUUUUUUAGUCUAACUUCAAAACAGACUAAAUAAUUUCCAGACCGAUGGACCUCUCCCAAACUUCAUAUUCUGUGAUAAUUGUAUUGUAUUCAAUCUCGACUCAUCCAAAACUAUACUCUUCGCAAUCUCCGCCACAUUUUCCACCGCAAUCGCCGCAAGCGCUCAAAAUCUGAUGUCCUUUGCAUCUUCUCAUGCAAUAUCCUCCAACUCCUCAAUAUUUUCCAGCCGAACUCUAGUAGUCCAAAAAAGUUUUCUUCGAAGUUUAUUCAUCCAACUCGGUGUGCAUGUACUCUUUUUGGCCACACCUCUUUUAAUAUUUUUUGGUGCUUUUUUGUUGAGACUGUCGAUGGAAAAAUGGCAGAUUUUUAUGCAUUUUUUGACAAUUUGUUUUUAUCAACACGGAUCAUUCUCGACGUUGGCAAUGUUGUUAACAAAUAAGCAAUUGAAACGAAGUUGUGAGUAAUCUUUUGAGAGAAAAACGUUACUCUUAAUAUUUCAGUGAAACUAUUUAUCAAAAAGUUGCAACGAAAGCUGAAAUUAAAUUCGAAAACUGAAUCGGGACAUAAUUUACAAAUGACUACAACAUCGUUGCAUAUUAUCAGUAAAAUGUGA